GAAGGGAUCGCUGGAUGCACAGAGCUGGGAGGGAGCUGCAGUAUGUAGGGAGAGAAGGAGAAGACUCAUCAUCCUCCAUAAUAACACCCAUCCUCCAGGCACAGGGCUGCCUACAAGCUGGCACACUGUGGCACAUCCCCCUGUGCCAGCUUCUCCUUGGAUUAUAAGCACCACUGGUGGGGUGACACAGGAGAGCCCCCAACAUUGGCUUUAGCAUUGGAAUGUCCUCUCCCAGGUGGGAUUUUAAGAGGCUGAGAUCUUUUAUCUUCUUCCCUUGGAUUUUGCAGGGGUCUCCAUCCUGCUGUGCACUGGGCGACUUGGGUCUUGGGGGGUCAAGAAAGGUGUGAAGGACCCUGGAAUGGACACCACUUGGGGAGAGAGCCCAAUCCGCUAAACAAACUCCGGAUUUAUUGAGGAUCUCUCCUUGGAAGGAAACAAAAAGGCUUUAGAUCCAGUUGAGGGAUCCAGGGAAAAAAAAAAUCAAAACUUAUGGAUGUCUAUAAGGGAACAGCGCCACAAACUGGAUGAAAAAAAAAAUGCCCCAAUUAGAACAUGCUGAUUUUGGAAAAAACGCCCCAGAACCAAAAAAAUGCACCGCAAAUGAGAGGAAAAAAUGCCACAAACAAAAAAGCAUUGAUGGGAGUCUGCGCUCGGCUGUGUAGAAAGCUGCAUCACGAGUGUGACCGAGAGAAUCCAUUAUUGGCUGAAGUCCACAAGCAAAUGAAAAACUAAUGAAAAGACUUCAGGAGCCAGUGAGGGAGCGGUGACCUUCCCGAAGCUUCUUAAAGGCACCACUGCAUACCUGCUUGAGCGAACAAGUGUUCAAAGAACUGAAUAAUACAGGUUCUUCACCUGACCAUGGAAAGGCUGGCUAUUUGUCUGCUCAUCAUAAGCACAUCUGUAAAGGCCAUGAUGUGCCCCAAGAGAUGUUCCUGCCAGAAUGUCUCUCCGUCCUUCACCAUUCUCUGUACCAAGACAGGCCUUCUAUUUGUUCCCCCCACUAUUGACAGGAGGACAGCAGAGCUCAGGCUCAUGGACAAUUUCAUAACCACCCUUAGGAGAAAAGACUUUGCUAACAUGACCGACCUCAUACACUUAACACUCUCCCGAAAUACCAUCAGUCAAGUCAUGCCUUAUGCGUUCUACGACCUAAAAGGGCUCCAUGCCUUACAUUUGGACAGCAACCGGUUAACUUUUAUCAAUGAGGAACAUUUUAAGGGAUUAAUCAAUCUAAGACACUUGAUAUUGAGCAACAACCAGCUCCACUACAUCGCACCGGGAUCGUUUGAUGACUUUAUCGACACAUUGGAGGAUUUAGAUUUGUCCUACAACAAUCUGGUGGAAAUACCAUGGGAGACCGUUGGGAGGCUUUCCAGUGUUAAUACAGUCGGUCUUGAUCACAACCUUAUCGAAUAUGUCCCUGAGGGAAUCUUCUCCAACCUUCAUAAACUGGCCCGGUUAGAUAUGACCUCCAACAAACUAAAAAAGAUCCCGCCGGACCCUUUAUUUUCUAGGAUUCCUGUGUAUGCCAAAUCUAAAGGUUCCCCCUUAACUUCAUUGGUGCUCGGCUUUGGGGGAAAUCCUUUACAUUGCAACUGUGAACUAGUGUGGCUGAGGCGGCUCACCAGAGAGGAUGACUUAGAAACAUGCGCCUCCCCCAUGGAGCUGAUGGGCAAAUAUUUCUGGUCUAUCAAAGAAGAGGAAUUUGUUUGUGACCCUCCUAUGAUAAUUCAUCGAACUGCCAGGCAGGAGGUGAUGGAGGGGAAAAACAUCUCCUUAAGGUGCAAAGCAGUGGGGGAUCCCGACCCUUAUGUAAGGUGGAUAUUUCCAGAUGGGAAGCUGGUAUCUAAUACCACUAGGACUAUAUCGUACGAGAACGGGACGUUGGAUAUUUUCACCACGCGGUUCACAGAUCGUGGGAGUUAUACCUGCAUUGCGUCCAAUGCGGCCGGAGAAAAGACGGCAAAGGUGGAACUCGUAGUCAACCAGUUCCCUAAUCUCGCCAACAGCACCAGCUAUGAUAAGGAAACUGAGUCAGGGCCUUCAGAUAUACUGACGCCAGCCAAGUCUAGCACUCCUUCCAACGAAACAAAAUCUUUGCAUGAUAGGAAGGUUGUGGUUGCAGAGUUGACCUCAUCCUCGGCACUCAUCCAAUGGCCUCCCCAGAGUCACAUCUCGGGAAUAAGGAUGUACCAGAUCCAAUACAACAGCUCAUUAGAUGACAUACUCAUUUACAGAAUGAUCCCAUCUUCAAGCAAGUCCUUUUUCCUGAGUGACCUGGUGUCCUCCCGCAUUUACGACUUGUGCGUCCUGGCCGUAUACGAUGAUGGAAUAACCUCACUUACAGCGACCAGAGUGAUUGGAUGUGUACAGUUUACCACCGAACAGGAAUAUAAACAAUGCAGGUCGCUCCAUGCGCAGUUUCUUGGUGGAACCAUGAUCAUCAUUAUAGGUGGCAUCAUAGUGGCCUCCGUCCUGGUCUUCAUCUUUAUUUUGUUAAUGAAAUAUAAAGUCUACAAUAAUCACCCAAAAUCUAAGCCAACUAAGGUGACCAAUGUGUGCUCCCAAACCAAUGGAAGCCAGAGCGGGACAAUGGGACGCUCUUCUUCUAAGCUCAACGAGAGGAGAGACAGUAUUAUGCAGGACAUCUCAGGAACGUCCGUCAAAAGUAAAACCAUAGUUGACCUCACCCCAGAUGGUGAAAAAGUGACUGUACCUGAUACUACCUUUAUAACAAAUGACGUCCUGUCUCACUAGCAGAACAUUAUAGCUAUACCACAAAUGUAUGCACCUCUUAUAAAGGACAAUCCUCCAAGAAUUGGACAUUGUGGUAUCGUGAAGAACAUUUUCAUGCAAGGAGUCGGAUCGACGACUUCACACCUAUUGUCUAUUUUUAAGAUCAGAUGGUUACAACAAAAAGCUAUUUUUUUAAUAUGUAAAAAGGGUUCUUGCAUUCUUAACUAUUUUUGGUUCAAUAUUAUUAAAUAUAAAGUGUGUGACCAAACAAGGCUAAUGUGAAAUAAUUGGUUUUUAUGAUUGGCACUUACGUGAGGAAAGCAUAAUAAAUGUUUUUUGGUUCUUUUACACUUGUUUAUUUCAUAUCCUGAAUUAA